CAAUGGAGUCGUCUGAAGAGCUGGAUACAUGGCGCUACGUUAUAAUGUUAGCCAAGUUUAUGAUGCAUUUUCUUCACAAUGGACUAAUAAGAUCACUAUCAGUUCUCAUUCCCUAUCUCGCCUUUCAACUGGACAUGGAAUACUCAACUUCUGGAUUCCUGGUUACACUGCAGGCUGGCAUAUACUAUAUCGCUUGUCCAGUGAGUUGUUAUUUGGCUCAUAAGUUUGGUUGUCGCCGUGUAACCAUCAUCAGUUGUUUCCUAUCUGCAAUAUCCCUCUUAGCAGGAUCAUUCAGUCAAUCAGCAACCUUUCUUGGUUGUUCUUAUUUCUUAACAGGUCUUUUCUCUUCUCCAUUGAGGCAAAUGUCGAAUGAAAUGCUUCAUCAACAUUACGGAAAACAUGGAUAUGGAUUUGCGCAAACGGUCACACAGUUGGGCAGUCAGGUUGGCAGUUUCUUGAUGCCAUACAUCGUAGUUUUUACUCUUGAUGCUUAUGGCGUGAGAGGAAGCCUAUUUUUCCUGAGUGCAAUGGCGUUCCAUGGCGUAGCUACAGCGGCGACAUUACAUCCCCCGCGAUUUCCGCAAGGCCCAUCUGCAACGAACAGUUCUAUACGAAGGAAUGGUGAUGGACCAGAACUUGAGCCACUUCAAACUGGUGACGAAUCAGAGAGCCCUACUAGUAAAGAAGAAAGUAUGGAUUUAGAGACUGACAAAAGCCUUGAGAAAAAUGAAGACCACAAUCCUCAACACUCAAAGGUCGAUAUGCUUCGAAAUAUGAUUCAUCAAACCUUUGAUUUUUUCAACGAGGAACUUGUUUUUACAUUUCUCCUCCUUCCAUGCCAGAUUUUGUUCGACAUAACUUUCGCUGGCUGGGAAGUGUUCCUCUUCUCCUAUGGUAUCACUGAAGGAUUGUCUAAAGAUAAAGCCGUUUAUACGGUGAUGAUGGGUUCUAUUGGCGGGUUGGUCGGACGCUUUUCAUUAAUAGCAAUCCUUUACAAAUUUCCUUUAGUGACUCUGUAUCUGGUUGCAUUAAACAUGGGUAUAGUUUCCGUCACGCUCUUAGUAUACCCCAUCAGUUCCUCGCUCACUUAUUUGGCCAUUUGUUCUUUUUUUGCCGGGUUUGGUUUCUGCAACGCCUUUUCAUCUUUUUACGGUGCUGUCUCUCUUCUGGUGCGGAAGGAGAAUUUCCCAAAGGCCAUUGCUUCUUCCCUCAUGCUAUGUGGAAUUUCAUAUCUAUUAUCCGGAAUACUAACAGGUUAUAUGUACGAUCUGUUUGGUUCUUACCGGGCUGUCUUCCGUGUCUUAGGUAUCAUGUCAGGUGCCGCUAGUUCGGCAAUCACUAUUUAUAUCUGUGUUGACUCUUCGAGAAACAAAAAGAAGUCGUUUUGA